UCAUUCUUUCUCCGAGCGUCGAGCGGUGCGGAACAAACCGGAGCCAACAGCGAGCGUUCGGCCGAGGCCACGGUAGAAACGGGAGAAAACGGAGCCGCGUUGCGUCUCUCUCGCGGACGGGCCACUGGGACGCGGAAGGAACGAGGAAUUCCUUGAAUCCAACGGAAAUCUCGAGCGUGCUCGAAUCAACCUCGAACUUCGACCCCGGAGCCGGCCGAAGUGUGUUGCGCUGGAUCGUCCGUGAACGGAGUUCCGCUUCUGAGUCUUCUCUGCGGCAGCCGAGGGAAACGCCAGAGGAGGAUCCCGAUCGUUGUUCGCCGACGAGUGACACAGGACGCCAAGCAUCAUCGUCGUCGUCAUCGUGUCGUCCUCUCUUCGUGCACUUCUUCGUCGUCAUUGUGAUCGUCGCCAGCCGCGCCUCCAAAGAUUCUCCCCCCUGCCGCCGCCGCCGCCGCCGCAGCCGCUAGUCUUCUUGGGAUAAUAUAUAUCCAGUGUGUUGUUCCCCGUGGCGAGCAAGAGGCGACGAGGGACCCGACGCUCCUCUCGAGGGAACAUUCCGCCUCGACGCGACACUCACGACGCCCUCGACCGUCGAGGUCAGUUUCGUUGGACGCGCGACACCUGAUCAACAGCAUCCGGAAAGCGCGGGAACGAGGGAGACAGGUGAGACAGAGGAAGGAUAGAGAGGCAAACGGAGCAAGAUGGGAGGUAGACAAAGCAGAAGGUCCGUGGACAUAACGACGACGCCUAAGAAGGAGGGGUUGCCGGCCGAUGGCAGCGUCGGGGAUGCCGCAGCACCUGGCGACGGCAAGCUGGAGAGGAUCGAGGAGACCGACACGAAGCCCACCACCAACGGCAUAGCGCCGCACACGGACGUGGCCGAGGAUAAGGAGAAGGACAAGGAUGAGGCCACGGAAAAGGAGAAGGACAAGGAGAAGCAAGAAGAGGUAAAGGCUGAGGAGACGAAGCAGGAGUCGGCUGGUGAAUCGCCCGCGGAAACGGCGGAGGUCACGACACCCACAGAAGCGACCACCCCCGCCAGUCCGAACACUGCCACUUCGCCAGACAGCAAGGAAACCAAAAAGAAGGAGAAGAUGAAGAAAAAGUGGUCCUUCAGGUCGAUCAGCUUCAGCAAGAAGGACAAGAAUAAGCCAGCCCGCGACGAAGCGCCCAAGAAUGGAGACGUCACCAAGGAGGAAACACUCGCAGAGGGUGGCGAGGAAGCAGAGAACGGUUCGGCAACGGCCGGCAGCCCGGUGGAGGAGAAGUCAGCAGUAAGUAGUCCGUCCGCGGAGGCGGAGACCGCGCCGUCGUCAGCGCCCUCUUCGGAGGCGAAGGAGGACGCGUCGCCGUCACCGACAGCAGCAGCAUCAGCAGCAGCAGCAGCAGCAGCGGCGGCGGCGGCGGGAACCGUCGCCGGUAGCCCGGCCGACGAAAAGCAAGAGGAACCCACUCCCUCUGCCCCCACUCCCGUCCCUGUCGAGGAAAAGAAAGAGGAGGUCGAAAAUGUCGAGGCCGAGAAAAAAGUAGUCGAGAGCACUCCCGAGUCAGAGGCACCGGUAGAAAAUAACGUGGGCCACGACAGCACGACGGAAAGCUCAGAAGAGAAGGUUACACCUCCAGCCGUCCCAAUCGAGACACCUGCUCCUCCGCCAUCCGCGCCGGCCAUCACCGAAGAUGUUGCCUCGGUAGCCAAGGCUAUCGAAGAGAUCGAAAUAAGCGAUAAGGCUGUUGCGGCGGCAACAAUCGAGUGUACUACGACCGAAAUCAUCGCGGACGCGCCUUACCAGAUCAACGUGAACGAAUAAACGCCGCUUAACCGAAUUGUAAUUUUGGGAAGAAGAAAGUUCUUUUCUCUCGUUAAAACCAAAAAAGUAUAUUAUAUAGAUAUGUAUAUUUGGACCAUUCCUGCAAACUAAACCGGAAAAUGAACGUUCUUUCGUUACGAGCAACAACAGCAAACAGCAGCAGCAGCAGCAGCAACAACAACAACAACAACAGCAAGUAAAAAGGAAAAAAGGGAAAAAAGAAAAAAGAAAAAAUGGAUAAAGAAAACACGAAAAACGGAUAAUUACGAAUUGAAUGGAUGAACGAUCACACACACUCUCACAUAAAACACACACACGGAAAAAGUAAAUAAUAAACGAACAAAAAAAAAUACAAAAAAGAAAUACGGAACGA